GAAACUCUUUUGAUACGCCAUUGCCUCGGACCCUACCGCGGAUAGCUCUGACUUCCCUCAUACUCGGCGAGUAAGCCUCCCGCGGAAAGGGCACCGACGCAUACCGGUUUUUGGCCUUGUUCCGUUGUGGCAGUCUGGCGAUGAACGCCUAAGGUCAACAAUCUGCCAUCCUCGUUUCUAGGCUUUUGACUUCGCAUCCAUAUGAUGAGCUCAGAAGUUCCAAGCCGUCACCAGACAGAUUCAUGCGCCUUCAUUUGCUUGUGGCGGUUUUAUGCCAUCUCAGGGUCUCAUCCUAAGUUGUGGAUUUUCCUCCUUCGUGUUCGCCUCCCAUUCAACCUGGCUGGUCUAGUCAUCCAUUUGUCUCUGCAGUCUCCUGCUGGACAUGGAUCUGCUGCGGACAUGGUUGUUUACUCGACAUGAGACGCAGGCCGCCAAGACCAUGUAUCCUCUACUAGGACCGGAUCCGGUGACUCUCAUCAACGUUUGCUUCAUCUUCGUGACCCUUGGGGACGUUCUACUGCUCCUGCUUAUUGGAACGCUGCUCUUCUCCAACCGAGUUCGCAGGCGGAAUGCUUCGUUGAUCAACCUCCUUGUAGUGACUAUUUUGUGUAGUAUACCCCCGGCCAUGCUUUACUUUGGCCAGGAGAUCAUGAAUCCACACCCGCCCAUUGGGUUGUGUUUCACACAGGCGAUUCUGAAGCAUGGAACAGACCCAAUGUUUGUUAUCGCUUCGUUAGCAUUAGUCAUUGAAUUUCUUCAAGGAACUGGAGUCGUCAUAUUGAGGUUUAUAACACUGCGCCAGUUGCGAGUACCUUUAUUGGUGGCGUUGCCUUACAUCACGUUCCUUGUGUUUUCGACUAUUACUGCAGCACUUGGUGGUAGUAAUCUCAAGAAGGUGAAACACAAGUCCAGCCAAUUGUACUGCACCGUUGAUUAUGCUGCACUUACUCAUGGCGUCGAGUUCUUCUCUGUGGUUGUCGUUGUCGUCACUGUCGCACUUGAAAUACUCACCAUCUCCCGGCUCCGCAAAAGUUGGAAAGACGUUAAAAAUCAGGCUAAAGAAUUUGAAGGAACUGCCGAUGCCCGCAAAAACAGGUUUAGACGUUCUCAGGCGUUUCGGGUUGCAGGGUUCACCAUCUUGCAAUUGAACUACAUAAUCCUAUGUGGAAUCGACUUUUAUUUCAAAUCCGUUGCGACGCACAUCCUACCGAUCGUGUACGAGGCUCUGAUGCCUCUAGGGACGUUUCUCAUCUUUGGCACAACGGCGGACUGUAUGCGGCUUUGGAUGUUCUGGAGACCUCGCGAUGAUGAUCCUCAAACAGACGCACCUAUCGCAUUAGCGGACAACGCUCAAAGACUCACAGAGUCAUUCCUGAUCGCCACCCCAAGCGAUCGUCGGUCGACGUCCCUCCCACCUCCACCUCCCCCCAAAGAUCGUCUCCUGAUUUAUAGUCAGAUUCCUCGCAGCGAUGAUGUUGGUGAUAGUCCAAUGUCGGAAAGCGGCGACCAUUCCGUGACUGCUGUCCAACACGACACUAUACAGGGCUCUGACGAAGACUUUCGCAAGUACCUGCAUAAGAGCAAGGAUGAAGACGAGGAAGAACACAGGCCUUCUUCGGCUAGGGCCGUUCGUUUUCUUGACCUCGAUACACCCGUUCUUGAUCUAUACCUACCUCCGGAAGGUUUCUCCAUUGAUUGGGACAAGCAUUGAGCUGCGCUCACCCUCACUAUAUAUCACGUAGUUUGUCUCGAAAGCCAUUCCUCCAACUCUCACAUUCAUUGUAUUUACUCAGCCGGUAGAGCUCCAACAUGCACCACCUGCACCAUUAGAUGUAUUAGUAGGAACAUUUCAUAUCCUAUGAUUUGGCCCGUUGCACGCCAAUGAAGUAUUGGAACAGUG